UGCACCCAUGAUAUUCAAUGCACUGUUCUUCCACGGUUCCUAUUUCAUCAAACUCUCGCACAUAGUUGAGCAAAAAUUUAACACCCAAACCUAACGCCAUCAAGCUUUCUUAUAUUAUUAAAAGCCAUCUCAUCUCAUCUCUCCCUCCAAUAAAAGAAUCUUCAACAAUAAUCUCUCUUUUUUGCUGCCAAAAAAGAAAAAACAAGUAAACCAUGUCUUCUCGUGUCCUCUGCUUCGUAUCUCUUUUGCUCUGUAUUUUCCCCGCCAUCGCCUUCGCUUUGCAUUUACCACUAACGCUCACACAUUUCGAUGCCAAUGACCCAUCUCGAGAUCCGUACCAGAUCCUCAGCUACCUUGCCUCUUCCUCUUUAGCCAGAGCCCAUCACCUCAAAAACCCCCAAAUCACCGCCACUGCCACCAGCGACGCCACCACCACCACCCCACUCUUUUCCCACAGCUAUGGAGGCUACUCCAUUUCUCUCAGCUUUGGCACUCCACCUCAAAUCCUCCCUUUCGUCAUGGACACCGGCAGUGACUUCGUUUGGUUCCCUUGUACCCAUCGCUAUGUCUGCAAAAACUGCUCCUUUUCUCCUUCCUCCGACCAAAACGUUACUAUCCCCUCCUUCAUCCCUAAACUAUCUUCAUCUUCUAGACUCGUCGGCUGCCGAAACCCCAAGUGUUCAUGGGUCCACCACACCAACAAAACCCAAUGCGAUGAAUGCCGAAACAGCUUCACCCCCCAAAACUGCACUCAAGCAUGUCCCCCUUACUUCCUCCUCUAUGGCCCGGGAACCACUGCCGGGGUUGCAUUAUCGGAAACCCUGAAUCUCGGUGAUAGAACUGUGUCCAAUUUCUUAGUCGGAUGCUCCAUUUUCUCUUCCCGACAACCCGCCGGCAUUGCCGGCUUCGGCCGUGGCCUUCCUUCUUUGCCCACUCAACUUAAGCUACACAAAUUCUCUUACUGUCUCAUCUCUCGCCGCUUCGAUGACUCUCCUAGUAGCAGCACUUUGAUACUUGAUAGCACCUCCGAUAUGGAUCGGAAAACCAAUGGUUUAAUCUACACACCGUUUAUUAAAAACCCCAUUGUCCGGGGCAAAGAAGCUUUCCAAGUUUAUUACUACGUUGGUUUAAGGAAGAUAACAGUAGGUGGGCGCCGCGUUAAGGUUCCCCGCAAGUUUCUCUCGCCUGGAAAUAAUGGUAAUGGUGGCACCAUCGUGGAUUCUGGUUCGACUUUCACGUUCAUGGCUCGUGAGAUAUUCGAGCCCCUAGCUGUAGAAUUUGUGAAGCAAGUUAAGAACUACAGUAGAGCUCGUGAUGUUGAGGUAUUAACAGGGUUGAGGCCUUGUUUCGAUGUGAAGGAUAUGGGGAAACCGGUGGAGUUACCCGAGUUGAGGUUGCAUUUUAAAGGCGGCGCUGAGAUAGCACUGCCGCUGGAGAAUUAUUUCGCGGUGGUUGGAGAAGGGGUGGCGUGCUUGACGGUGGUGACAGAUGGCGAUGUCGGUGGAGGAAAGGCUGUAGUGGGGCAUAGCGGACCAGCUAUAGUAUUGGGGAGUUUUCAGAUGCAGAAUUAUUACGUGGAAUAUGAUUUGAGGAACCAAAGAUUAGGGUUAAAACCACAGUUAUGUAUAUAGGAAAACAAAUCAUCUAUAUGUUCCAUAUUUGAUCUUAAAAUGUAUUUUCUUUUUCCUUUUUUCAAUUUUUGGGAAUGGCGGUGGUGGGAAGUAAGACUAAGAGAAUAAUUGUUUGUUUCUUGGGAAAAUGGGGGAAGAAAAUUAGAGUUGGGGAAUAUUUUACAUUUCAACUAUGUUCUUUUGUCCUUUUUUGCUUAUCUUCAUAUCAUGAUAAUGUUGAGAGUGUAGGAUACAUGAUAGCUAAUUAUUGUAAGUGCUUCAUUUUUAAAUAAAGGCACUUUGAUGUUGAAAUGAUAAAA